AUGAAUAUACAAAAUAUUGAAGUAAUAGAUUUAGCCUCUACUUAUGAAUAUGUUUGGAACAAUUUUAAAGUUCCAUGGGAAGAAAUUCCAGAACACAUGAUUACAAUGUGUGAAAAAGGAGAGAGAAACAAAUAUGUUAUAUCUGAAAUUAUACACAUUGUUGUUAAUGAACUUAGGCAAAUAAAGGAAUUAAUUCCAGCCAAAAUAUUAAAAAAAGUUGCUUCUGAUAUGUGCGAAAAAUUCCCUUUAAUGUUUAGAGAUAUUGACAAUGAUGGUGUCGUUAUGGCAGAUGGAUCCUGUACUAUGUUUUGUAAGUUACAUGAGAGAGCAUCCUAUUUACGAAGACCUCACAAAAGAAAGUUAAGCACAACUGAUAAGGUUCCUCCUAAAUUAGUUAAGAAAAAGGUUAAUAUUAUGGCAGGAUGCUCUAAUUGGGAUGACAGAUCUGUCAAUGACGAUGUAGAUUUAAAAAUGAAGGUUAAUACGUGUGGAACAUGUCCUGCAGAUCUUGAAAAUUUUCACGAUCUUUUAGAAAAAACCUAUGGGGAUCAAAGACAAUUUUUAAAUAAUAUUCAGAAUCCUCCAACUGUGCUUGAGAUAAAAAAGGAAUGGCCUGUAUUAUUUAAAGAACCUGCAAUUAUAUGGCAUUUUCAAAAAUUAACAAGCAAGGACUUAAAUACCCUGCCAACAAUAAUUGAAAAAAAUGCCCAAUCUAUUAAGAAGUUUGGUGUAAAAAUUAAAAAAUUACAAGGCAACGAAUAUGAAGAUUGGGAAACUAGUUUAAAGUUUGUAGCCAAUUAUUUUAAUGAAGAUUUAAAUUACUUUUAUUAUAAGACUAAGGAAGACGACAAUGCAGCAAAAAGUUCUGCACCAUGUGUAAUUGAAAUAGAAAAUAAAAAUGAAUUUUUUGUAUUUAUGGAAAACGAAAAGGUUUUGGAAGUCAAAUCUGGAAUCGAAGGGAUAAAGAUUGCCUUUGGGCUUUAUUUUAUAUUUAAUUUGCAGUAUCCACAUGAGACUUCACUGACAUUAGAGUUCAUUCAGAGAUUUUUUAUGAAAAUACACCCAGAUGCUGGAACGGGGUCUAAAAAAAAUAAAAACUCAAAAAAUAAGGUUAUAACUCUAAUUAACAAAUUAAAAUAA